AACCUACCUUCAGUCCAAUUUAUUGCCUACUAUUUUUGGUUGCUAUAAACAUUUUGGGUUAGUAAGCUUUGAACUGAAAUUCAACAUCAAAUCGAAUGAAAUCCAUAGCGAAUACAAUCCAACUAUCUUCAUGCGAAUACGAGGAGUAUUGGCCAUGUAUCUGAUGUUCCUUCGCCUGCUCUUCCACUGCACCACCGGUCACAUAUUGGUUAGGCGACACAGAUCCCUGCACAAGCGAAUGAUCAAUCCCCGUGAGCUCUUGAGCGAGUUUGCUGCAAUCAAGGAACCAGGAACCGGCGAUGUUGCCCUAAAGAUUUCUGGUAACUCGGUUGCUUUGUACGAGAAUGGUGGAGGAUCAGGAGCAGGAACGAUGCCAGGAGCAGGUCCUACGAAGGCGCCCUCCAACAAGGAUUGCGAUAUGCAGACAAAGUGCAAUGUUAAGACAAUCAUAACCCCCGGAGAUCCCAAGCAAAAGUCCUCGAUGAUCGCCAUGAAAGCUGCCCAGGAUGCAAAGGCGGCCAGUGAAGCACAAUCGGCCGCUGGCCAGGCGGCAGCCCAACACAUCAAGAUGGAGCUCGCGGAUAAGGCCUUUCAGUCGGCCAAGGCCGCCGAGGCAGCUCUGAUGGGCAAACAGAUGAUGGUCGAUCAGCUGGAACAGGAGGUCCAGGAAGCCAGUGCCGUGGUCGAGGAGGAGACGAACUCCAUUCACCACACGGAGGCCAAUAUGAAUGCCGCCGUGGACGCCGUUAAAGUGGCCAUGCAGCAAUUCGAAACGAUCAACGAGCUGCAAAGGACCUCCAGGGAGUCACUGGCCAACAUCCAGACGGUGGCCAUGGGAUCGCAGCAGGAAAUGGCCGCCAAGACACAGCUCCUGGAAGCAGCUCGCAACCGGUUGGCCCUGCUCCAAAAGCAACUGGUGAGUGCCCACGACGACUAUGAGAAGACCAAGCAGGCCGCCUACAAGGCAGCCUGUGCCGCCGUGGAGGCCAAACAGAGGGCUGGACCCCCACUGCCACAAUAUUAUAUUUUUUAAAUAAAUACAGAUAGCUUAAGGCAGCUUAAGUAUACAAUUCAUCCAACUAAAGACAA